AUGACCUUUAUGCUGGCUUGGGACCUUUCACUGGGUGGUCUGUUUGGGUCUGCCGCCUCUUCCUCAUCUUCCUCUAGCGGCUUUGGAGGCUUCGGUGGUGGUGGUGGAGCAGCAGCCCAGUCAUCGUCCUCCUCUUCGGCUAGUCCAUUUGGAGCCCCACCGGGAGCCUUCGGGUCCAAACCCCCUGUAUCGAGUGAGUCCCCGGCCUCUACACCACCUGUCUACUCUCUACCCGCAGGUCCUUUCGGAGCUCAGUCCAGCAGUGGAGGUUUCGGGGCAUUCGGGUCUUCACAGAGUAGCAGCAGCAGCAGUACCCCCUUCGGAGGCGCCUCCACAGCCUCGUCUGGUGGCGGCUUUGGUGCUUUUGGAGGGAAGUCGUCAACCCCAAGUAGCUUCCCCUCCCCCUUGGCCGCCCCCAACCUUCACCCCUCAGGUCCCUUCGGCUCGGCAGCCACUACUGGCGGUGGCUUUGGGGCAUUUGGGAGUGGAGAGGCUUCGUCCAGUAGCGGCUUCGGCGCCUUCGGUUCGACGUCCUCGUCCUCGGCUGCCCAGACAAGCUUCAACGCUUUUGGUGGAGGAGCCCAGAAGGGCGGACCCUUUGGUGAGCUUCUCCCAACUCCUCCUCUACAACCACUCCAAUUGACUUUAGGUUCGGCACCUUCCACAGGCGGCGGCUUCGGAGCAUUCGGUUCCACAUCGCAAUCCAGCAGCAGCAGCGGGUUCGGCGGCUUUGGUGGUGCUCAGUCGGCCUCGGGCUUUGGUACAUUCGGAGGCGGGGCCUUUGGAAGUGCUCCUUCUAGUAGUGGUCUCUUCGGUGGUAGCAGCAGUAGUAGUGGCGUACAGCCUAGCAGCAGCUCUAGUGCUGGUCCGUUUGGAUCGUCAACGAGUAGUUCUUCCAGUGCGGCCGCCGCCAAACCCGGUGGUCUGUUCGGGUCUGCCGCCCCUUCCUCAUCUUCUUCUAGCGGCUUUGGAGGCUUCGGUGGUGGUGGUGGAGCAGCAGCAGCCCAGUCAUCGUCCUCCUCUUCGGCUAGUCCAUUUGGAGCCCCACCGGGGGCCUUCGGGUCCAAACCCCCUGCAUCGAGUGAGUCCCCGGCCUCUACACCACCUGUCUACUCUCCAUCUUCAGGUCCUUUCGGGGCUCAGUCCAGCAGUGGAGGUUUCGGUGGAUUCGGGUCUUCACAGAGUAGCAGCAGCAGCAGCAGUAGCCCCUUCGGAGGCGCCUCCACAUCCUCCUCUGGUGGCGGCUUUGGUGCUUUUGGAGGGAAGUCGUCAACCCCAAGUAGCUUCCCCUCCCCCGUGGCCGCCUCCAACCUUCACCCCUCAGGUCCCUUCGGCUCGGCAGCCACUACUGGCGGUGGCUUUGGGGCAUUUGGGAGUGGAGGGGCUUCGUCCAGUAGCGGCUUCGGCGCCUUCGGUUCGACGUCCUCCUCCUCGGCUGCCCAGACAAGCUUCGGCGCUUUUGGUGGUGGAGCCCAGAAGGGCGGACCCUUUGGUGAGCUUCUCCCAACUCCUCCUCUACAACCACUCCAAUUGACUUCAGGUUCGACACCUUCCACAGGCGGCGGUUUCGGCGCAUUCGGUUCCACAUCGCAAUCCAGCAGCAGUAGCGGGUUCGGCGGCUUUGGUGGUGCUCAGUCAGCCUCGGGCUUUGGUGCGUUCGGAGGUACAUCCUCCCCGGCCUCGGGCAGCGGCGGCUUCGGUGCAUUCGGCAGCGGGUCCAAUGCACAGAGUGGUGGUGGCGGGUUCGGUGCCUUCGGUGGUGGGCAAACCUCAUCUGGCUUUGGGGCGUUCGGUGGUGCUCCUGCUGGCGGUGGCGGAAGCUCUCAGCCUCAGAAUGCCUUCAGUGGAUGGCGAUAG